GACCGAGAAAACGAGUAGCUGGUACCCGCCAAGCAGUGUCACGUCCUCAGACGUAUACUUCAAGGUUAGAAAACGAACAUGGUGAACUUGAUCUGACAGCUCAAGGCGAGAUCCGGGGAAUCCAUCGAGGCAACACCUCUUUGCAUGUCCUUUGCCCGAAAGUCGGGUGCUGGUGGACUGGCCCGUCGCUCAAGUGGCAACCCAGCAUCCGCAGGUGUUGCUCUGAGAAUUCUGAAAGGACAAGGGGUCGGUAGGGGGGUGCGUGAACGAGGGUGGUGCAACCAACGAUCUGCCCAGCCAGUACAAGCAAAACCCAAGGACCAUUCGCCCUAGUCCAGCCGCCUUUUCGGUCCCAUGUGGGAAUGGGCCGUCCUUCCACCCCAUGCAAGGGUGGUAGGCUCGAAACGGCCGAACUAAUUGAUGGGCAAUUGAAGGUUGGGGUUCGUUCUUACCAAGAACCGCUUCCUCUCCAUCGGAAUCUUACUCCUCAUCCCCGUCGCAGGUGAUUUCCAAGGCCGAAAAUCAUAAAACCUCGGCGUGCCCCCGCGAUCCCUGGCCUGCUUUGUCUCGAGCUCUCCAUCCUCAACCCUCCCCUCAUCCACUUUCCCGCCUCCAAGAUCCAUUACACACAGCUCGGUCUGUGGUGAUCGGCCAUCUCAGCUUACUCCCUCUCAGCCAACUACAAAGGGAACUUGCGCCUCGGCUGCGUGCCGCACACAGUCAACAUGUCCGAGAAGAUUGAUACCGUGGACACUGUCCACGCCCACGACCAUGACUCCGACAAGAAGGAAAUCCAGACCAAGGUCGUCAGGGGUAGCGAGGCCUUCAACGAGGCCAUGAUCAAGGAGCCCCCUAGUGCCUGGACCAAAGCCCAGCUGAUGAUCUACGCCUUCUCCCUCAUCGGUUUCUUCUGUUCUACCAUGAACGGUUAUGAUGGUUCCUUGAUCAACAACCUGCUUCAGAACCCUUCUUUCAAGGAUCGUUAUGGCGCCAAGAACGACGGUAUUUGGGCUGGUAUUAUCUCUUCCAUGUACCAGAUUGGUGGUGUUGUGGCUCUUCCCUUUGUCGGUCCCGCCCUCGACACCUGGGGUCGCAGAAUCGGCAUGUUCAUCGGUGCAGCCAUCAUCAUUAUCGGUACCUGCAUCCAGGCAACUGCCAAUGGCACUAGCCAAUUCAUGGGAGGUCGGUUCCUGCUCGGUUUCGGUGUCUCCAUCGCCGCAUCCGCUGGACCCAUGUACGUCGUCGAGAUCAACCAUCCAGCCUACCGCGGAGUCGUUGGAGCGCUAUACAAUACCCUGUGGUUUUCUGGAGCUAUUAUUGCUUCUGGUGCAGCCCGCGGAGCCCUGGACAUCGAGGGCGAUGCCUCGUGGCGUCUCAUCACCUGGCUUCAGGCUCUGUUUUCCGGACUCAUUGUCAUCUUCUGCAUGUUUAUGCCAGAGUCUCCCAGAUGGCUAUUCGUCAACAAUAAGAAGGAGAAGGCUGCCGAAGUACUCGCAAAGUACCACGGAAAUGGCAACCCCGACUCUCCAUGGGUCAAGCUCCAGCUACACGAGUAUGAAGAACUCCUCAACAUGGACGGCGCCGACAAGCGCUGGUGGGACUACCGUGCGCUGUUCCGCAACCGCGCUUCCGUCUACCGUCUCUCCUGCAACGUCUGUAUCUCAAUCUUCGGUCAGUGGGCCGGCAACGCUGUGCUGUCGUACUUCCUCGGAUCCGUUCUCGACACCGCCGGCUAUACCCACCCCAUCCAGCAAGCCAACAUCACCCUCAUCAACUCUUGCCAGCAGUUCCUGUGCGCCAUCUUUGGUGCUUUGCUCGUUGAUAGAGUCGGUCGUCGUCCCCUACUGCUCUUCUCUUUCACCGCUUGCACAAUUGUUUGGCUCGGCAUGACUGUCGCCUCAGGUAUUUUGUCCAAGUCUCAGAUCGGCGAGACGGACAGUGGUGCCCCCAUCUUCAACAACCCGGCUGCGUCCCAGGCUUGCUUGGCCAUGAUCUUCAUCUUCGGUUCCGUCUACUCGGUCGGUAUCACGCCCCUUCAGGCUCUUUACCCCGUCGAGGUGCUCUCCUUCGAGAUGCGCGCCAAGGGUAUGGCCUUCUCCAACUUGGCUGUCAACGCCGCCGGCCUCCUGAACCAGUUCGCCUGGCCCGUCUCCAUGGAGAAGAUUGCCUGGAAGACUUACAUCAUCUUCACCAUCUGGGACGCAGUCCAGACCGCUGUCAUCUACGUCUUCAUUCCCGAGACCAAGGGUCGCACUCUCGAGGAACUCGAUCACAUCUUCGCUGCCGACAAGCCAGUCAAGGCUUCCAUCCAGAAGAAGGAGGUCGCUGUCGACCGCUACGGCGAUGUUGUCAACGUCCAGGACGUCUAAACGCUUCAACCAGCUUACGAUGUCAAUCAAAUUACGUGAUCCAGAGAGCGAGAUAGUUGUGGCGCUGUGUUCUGUCGGGGAGUAAAGAUUUAAUGAUACAAGGACACGGAAACAGCUGGGUCGUGUCACCUAUUUUUUGCAUGGUUGGCGAGGUUUUAUGUUUUGGGGCCGCUUUACGGCGGCUGUUGAAUACGGGCCACCCAAUCGCAAGCCUUUGCUAUCUUCUAUACCUAUUAUACC